AUGGGAUGGUGGACGGCAUCUUUUAACUUGCUCCACCGUAGACAUACUCAAAACAGAGAAACACGAGACCAAUAGGCGGUGAACUGUUUUGUUGUUGGGGAGGUGAAGAGCUGAGAAUGGUGGGUUUCUUCUCUAGAUUUUCUGUCAACAGAAAUAUUCACCAACGAACCCAAAGUGCACUUCUAAGCAUCUUUCUUUAUCCCUCCUUUACUCCUACAUUAUCGCGGUGUUUUGCAUCUGCUGCUCAUGGGAUUGAAGUUGCAGUUGAGUUUAAACCCCUUGAACACCCAAUUGAGCCUCUUGACAAUGAUCGACUCCGGUGGGAUCCACCUCCAACAUAA